CAGUUGACUUAUUAAGCUCAGUGCGACAAGUGCAGUGCGUGUGAGGAGCUCCGCGAAGUGCUUUUGUAUUAGUUGAUUUCAAGCCCAGCAGUGCAGUGCGUGUAAGCUCUCCAGAGUGCUUCUGUAUUAGUUGUUUUUCAAGCAUUUUACAAGACUAUCGUUAUUUUUUCUGCAAUAAUGCCGCUGAAAAUAAAAAAUGUUUUGGUUUGCGAUGCAGUCGACAAGGCGUGUGUCCAGCUCCUCGAAGAGAACGGCAUAAAUGUUACAUACAAGCUGAAGCUGCCGGUGGAUGAGCUCUGCAAGGAAGUAAAGAACUUCGACGCUGCCAUCGUGCGUUCGGAUACAAAGAUAACAGCGGAAGUGCUUGCGGCCGGAGCCGGGAGCCUGAAGGUUGUGGGACGAGCGGGUGCUGGAGUGGACAACAUCGAUGUGACUGCAGCGACGACGCAUAAUGUCGUUGUCCUUAACACACCAGGCGGCAAUUCUAUUUCGGCUUGUGAGCUGACGUGCAUCCUAAUUGGCGCUCUGGCGCGUCCCGUUGUGCCAGCCGGCCAGAGCAUGAAGGAAGGACGUUGGGACAGGAAGCUCUACAGUGGCAACGAGCUCUAUGGGAAAACCCUCGCCGUGCUCGGCCUGGGCCGCAUCGGACGCGAAGUCGCCAUACGCAUGAAGGCCUGGGGCAUGAGGGUAAUUGGCUACGAUCCCAUUACCACGGAGGCCGAGGCCAAGGCUGUUGGCAUCGAGAAGCUUACCUUGGAGCAGAUCUGGCCCCUCGCAGACUACAUCACUGUGCACACCCCCCUGAUACCGGCCACCAGAAAUCUCAUCUCGUCGGAGUCCUUGGCCAAGUGCAAGCAAGGCGUGAAGGUAAUCAAUGUGGCACGUGGCGGCAUCAUCGACGAGCAGGCGGUGCUCGAUGCACUGGAGAGUGGCAAGUGCGCUGGCGCCGCCUUCGACGUCUACGCGGAGGAGCCACCCAAGUCGGAGGUCACCAAGGCGCUCAUCAAUCAUCCCAAAGUCGUGGCCACGCCCCAUCUGGGAGCCAGCACGGCCGAGGCGCAAGUGCGCGUCGCCGUUGAGGUAGCGGAGCAAUUCAUCGCACUGAACGGCACCUCGCCGAAGUACACCAGUUACGCAGGAGUCAUCAACAAGGAUGCACUGGCUCAUUACCAGUAAUUCCGGCGAAUUUGUUUGUCUUACUUUAUAACUGAUUCAAUUACACUCACAUUCAAAUUAA